AUCCAUGGAAGACUCCUGUCCCCAAAGUAGCAGCAGAUUCUUGGUGGACAGUUCUCAUAUCCUUGGAAAUGCGUGAUAGAUUAUCUACAGGAAAAUAGUUUUUAUGAAGCAAAAAGGACUUUUGUUCCACUUCCCAGACAUGUUCAAAAGCUCCUCAGAUCGAACCACAAGUAGCCAGAACUGUCUGUCUAUCACAUCAUACUGUUCUGGUCGCAGGGAGCCUCAAACCCAUUCAGCUCUUUCAAGGAACAGAACAUGUCCUUCACGUUCAGAUUCUGGAAUAUCAUCAUUGCUUCCAUCAGAUUCUUGCAAAUACUUCACUUGGUACAAUAUAGAACAGCACGAGAUUCAAGGUAGUCAGCUACAUUGCCCAAGAAUAAGAAAAGGACCCCCUGAAGAAUGGUUACUUUCCAGACAGGUGGGGUGCACCUUGCCUUCAAGGAAAAGAGUACUUGAGAAAAAUGAAUGGAAAACAUGGUUACAGGAAAACUGGGAAGAUUGCAAGAAAUUGAACAUUUCAUUUCAGGAUUUGGGGGACCCUAACCACAUUGAAAAUUUUAACAGAAUUCUUAGAAGACUGAUACGAGUUGAAACCCUUUGGUUGGUGGACAAUUCACUCGUCGAUUUAAGUGCCAUAAGAUUGCCAAGCUGCAGAGUUUUAAAUAUGAGCAAAAACUAUCUCACAUCUUUCAAACAACUACCAAAGAUACCGCAGAUACAACAUUUAUCACUGCUGAAAACCACAUUGAGACACUGGAUGGCCUCUCCAGUUUAAGGUGCACACCACUGGAAUCCCUCACCUUGAAGAGGAACCCCUGUGAAUUUCACCAAAACUACAGGAAGCAAGUGUUCUUGUGUUUGCCAAACUUAAAGGUUCUGGAUGGGCUCUUGAAGUUACCAGAAGAUUGUUCCCCUCCAGAGCAUAAUAUUUUUUCCAAAUUAUGCAUUUUAUCAUGACAAACUCUGCAUAGAAAGAAAACAAUUGCUGUUACUGACAAAUCUAAAAAUAAAAGGAAUGCAUCAUUAU